UUCGUUGUUGAAUAAUUUUUUACUUUAUUUUCAUGAAUUGAUUGGCCAUGUUUGAAUAAAUUGGCAGAUUCAAAAUAUGCAAUGAAAUUGACAAACUUGUGAUUAUGUUACAAAGUUUGCUCUUCCAUGGCUAUUUUGUUUUGUCAUAAAUCACAAAGCAUAGACCCAUAUUUAACUUGAGCUGACAGAAUGUGAUGAAGAAUGAUGAAGAAAAUCAAUUUCUUGGAGGAGGAAUGUCACAACAUGCAGGAUAAGAUUUAUUAUUUUCUUUUAUGUUAAAUGUUGUUAUCAAACUUAUGAAUCAGAUAAAAUUCAUUAUAAUAUUUAUAAUGUUGAAUGUUGUUAUCAAAAUUUGAGAAAGAAAUGAAAUGGAAGAAAUUUUUCACUAAUUAGAACUGAAGCUUAAUAUAGUCAUAGCUUCAGGUAAAGCCUGUCUGCUAUUGAGAGAAGAUGUAAUCUGAGCUUUUUUUUCAUAAAAGAAAUUCAUUAAAAGACCAGCAAUUUGAAUAAAUAAAAUGAAAUUGUAUUAAUAUUUGUUUUAGGAACUGAUCCUUUGAAAAAACAAAGAAAGGCUGAUGCGAUCCCUUCAGUUUUUCCUUGGAAUAGCUGCAUCAAACAGAAAAAAGAUGAGCGAAGUGAGCGAAGAGAUGCGCGCAAUCUUAAAGUUGAAGAUAUUAAGAAUGAGGCUGAAGAACCAUUAGAAGUAUUGAUGGAUGAUGCUGAUAUCUCUGAUGUGGCAAACUGGUGUACUGUUGAUUCAACAGACAGCAACUUAAAUCAGGACGAAGAUGCAUCAAAUUUUACUGAGUUGGAAGACAAGGAAGAAGUGUGCUUCACAGAGACAUCAUCUCAAACCAUCCCUACACCUUUUUUAUCCAUAGAAAACUUUAUUGAUGACCAUGAAGGAAUGCUAUUUUACACCGGUCUUGCAACACACACAGAUUUCCUUUUUGUUCUUCAUAGUUUAGGUCCAGCUGCUUAUCAUCUAAGAUAUCUUUACAAUCAAGUUCAAAAUUUGUCAGUUGAAAAUCAACUGUUUUUAACUUUGAUAAAACUAAGACAGAACCAAACAAACUAUGAAUUGAGUCGCUCAUUUGGAAUAUCAAAAACUACAGUAGACAACAUUUGGAUUACAUGGGUAAAUUUUAUGGCAAGACAAUUUAGAGAAAUUAAUUUCUGGCCUGAUAGAGACACAGUUAAUUUGUUUUCACCCUGUGACUUUUUUCAAAAAUUUCCCUCUACAAGAGUUAUUAUUGAUGGCACUGAAAUCCCAGUCAAAAAACCAAAACCCCCUGUUGCUCAACAAUCUACCUUCUCAACUUACAAAAACAGAAACACUGUUAAAGUGCUUGUUGGUGCUACACCUGGAGGACUUAUAUCAUACAUCUCCCCAGCUUAUGGAGGGUCUACCAGUGACAGGCAAAUUGUUGAACGUAGCCCUUUAACAAACAUUUGUGAACCAGGGGACUCGAUUAUGUCAGACAAAGGAUUCAAUGUCCAGGAUUUGUUUGCCCCAAAGGAUGUUAAGGUGAACAUUCCCACAUUCUUUAAGAAAAAAAACCGUAUGUCUAAUAAAACUGUUUUAAGAGACAGAAAAAUUUCAAGCAAACGUGUUCACAUUGAGAGGUUGAUAGGGCUUGCGAAAACAUAUAAGAUAUUAAAAGGACCCCUCAACUCUACGGAAACAAAAUUAGCAAGUGAAAUUUCUUAUGUGUGUUUUAUUAUGUGCAAUUUUCGAAAGUGCAUUGUCCCUAAACAUGCAUAAAUACACCCCUAUUC